AUGGGGCUGCCCCACACCGCAGGGAUCCUGGAGGUUCUGUACUGUGUCCUGAUCGAGAGCCCCGAGGUGCUCAACAUCAUCCAGGAGAAUCACAUCAAGUCCAUCAUCUCCCUGCUGGACAAGCACGGCCGCAACCACAAGGUGCUGGACGUGCUGUGCUCGCUGUGUGUCUGUAACGCCGUGGCCGUGCGCUCCAACCAGAACCUCAUCACCGAGAACCUGCUGCCCCGCCGCGACCUCCUGCUGCAGACCGGCAUGGUCAACUACGUCACCAG